GUGACAUUGACGUUUGUUGAUAGAAAUUUGUGGAAGUGGAAGGAAUUUGAAUGAAAGUACAAGUCGAAAAUUAUUUUUUCUGCAGAAUUUAUGUAAUUGAAAUAAAAUAUUAAUUUUAUGAAAUCAAAGACUCGCAAAUUAAAACCUUAUUUUGCCAGGUGAAUUAUGGUAACCUAUACAGUGUCAGGAAAGAAUUUGAACAGAGCAGCUGUUUUCUCGUAAAGAUUGCUAUCACUAUACCAAUGACUUGUUAAAUAAAGUGUACAGCCGCCCCCUUGCGGGGGCCGCAAAGCUAUUGUACCUGAAAGAAUACUAUAUUCUCAGUAGCUUAAGAAAAUAAAGUUCAAUUAGCCUAGAAAACAAUAUAGAAUUUUAAUUAGUUCAAUCAAUAUAAAUAUUAUCUUUUUAAUAUUGGAGUGCAGAAAUACAGAUAAAAUGAGUAAGAAUAAAGUGGAGGUUGACUGCACCCGCAGAUGCAAGUCUCGAAGUCAUGGCCAGGCUUUAACAAGUGCCAUAACAAAGAGAUCAAUCACUGACCAGUCUCUUGUCAGUUUUAUAAAAUCAACAUGUGCCAACUUUGUCAAAGCCUUUGAUUUUGAGGGCCGUACAGCAUUGCAUAUGGCGGCAUCGCGUGGGAGAUUGCAGUUAAUGGACUGGCUCGUACGACACUCACCCGAGGCCUUUGCCAAUGCCAGAGAUCGUGAAUCAGGCUACGCACCAUUACACAGAAGCAUAUUUUAUGGACAAAUUAAUGCAGCUGUGGCAUUGAUGAAAAUGGGGGCAAACACUGAUAUUUUGGAUAAGGACGACUACAAAGCUUUGGAGCAUGCAAUGCUUGACCGUCACUAUAUGUACAAACUGGAUGAGAUAGACCCCAGAGAGGUGUAUGUUUGGGGAAGCAACUCCAACUACACACUGGGCACAGGCACUCAGCAACAACGCAACACUCCAGAACUACUUGGAUCGUUCAGCAGAAAUAAUACCUGCGUUAAACAGGUUUGCCUAGGAAAGUUCCACAGCGUGUGGGUGUGCUCGGGGUCAUCGCAGGGCGAAGUGUGGUGUUGCGGUCAGGUGUCACGGGCGGGCGGACCUAACGCCACCUGUCUGGCUCCUGCUCAACUUCGCCUGCCAGAGCCCUGCGUCCAGGCCGCGCUGAUGCUCAACGCUACCGUCUUCCUACUGGAAAGCGGCACGGUAAUCCAGUACUCACUGAAUAGCGUGGACAAUAUGAGUCAGUCCGGUGCUAAAACCCCGUGUUCCAUCAAGCUGCCUUCAGUGAAACCACUGAUAAAGUUGUCUCAGCCGUUGGGCGUUUGCGCGGGACGGUCGCACGCUGUAGUGUGGAACGCGAGGGCAGUGUACACGUGGGGUGUGAACUUGGGACAGUUGGGACACCCACCAGAGGAGAAAGUGGUGACCGCGCCGAAACGAGUGGCCAUAUCGAUAAACAACAAAGAAGAGGCAGGGCUGCAGCUAGCGAGCGCGACGGACGCAGCCACUGUCCUGACCACUAGUCGCGGAGAUGUGUACCUUCUGCACAAGCACAUCUGCAAGAAGAUAGCCAUCAAGCAAAUUAACCUCCGUCAAGUUUGCGUGGAAGCUAAGGUGAGCGAGCAAGGGUCACAUUCGCGGGUGACUGUGCUACUGCUCACCAACGUGGGACAACUGCUCAUAUGGCAGGACACGACCAACCAAUUGACCAGGUGCGUCUUCGGCUUGAAUCACCAAACAGUGAUUACGCAAGUGGCUUUAACCCACGACGCGCUUUAUUUCACGACUAAAUAUGGCGAAGCGUACAUCGGCACGAUAUCGCGUAAAACCACGCCCACCCAGCCUCAGCCAAUCAGGAGAGAGAAGGAAAGGGAUAGCAACAAAUCUGCCCUUGUGAAGUUUUUAGAGAAGGACGAUUGUACGCCGGUCAGAAUAGCCAAGAUACCGAAUGUGCAUAGAGCUGUGUCUAUUGCAGUUGACAGUGAGGGUCUGAACUUCGCUUGCUUGCAAGUAAAGCCAAAAUGUGGACUCAGAUCCUUACCAGAGCUGUCCCCAUCAGGGCUAGCGAAACACAUGGAGUCGCUGAUGGAGUCAGCUGCGGACGGCGAUCUACUCCACGACGUUGUGUUCAAGGUUGGCACAAAACUCUUCCCUGCUCACAUAUUUAUUGUAGCAUCAAGCAGCGAAUUCCUAUACAAACUGUACCAGGAACAACUGAAGUUGUCCGAUGAAAAACCCACCAUUACAUUAGACCAUAUACACCCAGACGUUUUCCAAAGGAUAUUGAAGUUCGCGUACACUGGCAGUUGUGACGUGGCCGAACUCGGACCGUGCGCACUGAAGAUAAGGAAGGAAGAUCUACCUACAGUGAAGAAGGAAAAGGACAGCGUGGAUGAGGAAUUGGAACUCAUUGAGAACUCGUCUGAAAUAUCGGCGUACGAAGUGUACAAACAUCAGGACAAGCGUAAGCACCGCCGCAGCGUGGAGCCCCCGCCGCGCCAUUCCCACUGCGACCCCGUGAAGCUCGUGCAGGCUGCGGCUAAGCGGCUCAACUUCAUGGCGCUACACAAAUUGCUGGACAAAUUCUACUAUCGAGACGGCACGAUCUACUUGAAGGAUUCGGCCGAGUACACGAAGAACUUGCCACAAUAUUGGCAAAGGGAUACUUUUCCGGAACUAGUGGAUACUAACGUGUGUUCCAAGGAUGGGAUGUUAGUGCCGGCCCACAAAUGUAUCCUGGCAGCCAGACUCGACUACUUCCAGGGAAUGUUUAUGCACUCUUGGACUGAGAGUAAACUGUUAUCGAAAGUGACACUACCAAUAAACCAUGGCAUCCUUCUUCCGGUGAUAAACUUUUUGUAUACCGACUCUUGUCCUGAACUGGAGACGUCAGACAGUAUUGACUUCAUCUGUAGCAUGCUCAUAGUGGCCGAUCAACUGUUCAUAAGCCGUCUUCGAGAAAUGUGCGAGGUCGCCUUAGCUAAUCUGAUCACGCUAAAGAACUGCGCUGAGCUCUGCCAAUUCGGCCAUACUUACAAUGCCACCCAACUGAAACAGUGCUGCAUGGAAUUCAUAUCGCUAAACCUCGCCAACAUACUAGAAAACAAAACACUGGAUGUCAUAGAAAAAGAUUUACUAGACGACAUAUCCAAAUACUAUUGCAAAUUCAACCCCAUCAUGUCCUGUAGAGUUAUAACGCCAUUUUGCUGCGCUCCAACCGACGAGACGAUUGAAGAAUACGCUACCAACUUUCCCGUCAAUUGGGACUAUACAGACGAAGAUUUAAAAAAGGACGAAGCUUACAUAGAUUCUUCAAAAAAGAAAGGAAGGAACUCCAAGAAAAUUGAGUACACGGCGAACGAAAAAGCCAGAAUGAGAUACGAAUCUGUGAAUUCGGUGUCGUCGCUUGAUCUGUCGCAUGAAACCUCGGGAGACAUAACGCUGUCCCUCAGCAAUAUAUCGAAAGAGACAGAGAAAAUCGCUCGCGACAAGAAAGAGAAGUGGAUAGAGGUACCGUCCGCCCAACAGAAACAACAGAAAGUGAUUCAAGCUAGAUUGAAAGCUGUGUCCAGUGCAAAAGAUAUUUUAAACGAACCGCAAGCCGAACAAUUCACGAGGUUGACGAAAAAUAACUCGUUUAGCACCAGCAGUCAAGAAUAUAAUCCGACCACUUCGCGCAUGUCAGUGUCCCCAAAAGAAUCUCCCCUUCCUGAAUUGGCCAGAAGCCCCCAAGGGAAUCUGGUUAUAAGUCACGUCGGACCGAAGUUGUCGCAAAAGCAAAGGAAGAAAAUGGCAAUACUUGGAGAGAGUUCAGCGCAAAAUUUCAAUGACAACUUUGGUAACAAACUGAUCAUAGGAAGUCCCCCAGAAAAGCCGAAAAACCCGUGGAAGAUUUGCGAACCUCCUGUGGCCAGCAGCAGUCCUAAAGCUAAAACUAUUGAGUUCAACCAGAUCCUCACUGAUCAGAAGAAACAAAAGGAGGACCACUCCAGAAUCAUGACCAAACCACUAGCAUUGACGCAGCUUGAAGAUAAAGCAAUAGAAGAAUUGGAGAGGUUCUACAAUGUCCAUGAAAUUGAUGACGAGCUUAUCACAGUUCGACGUAUUGAGCUUCAAGUGUUUUCUCCACAGUGGGUUCACACAAAUCCAAAGUGAUAAUUAUGUGCUAUUUUAUACUUUACAUAACUUAAUCUAUACUUGACAUUACAUUAAGAACUAUAGAAAUAAAUGUUAUUUUUUAAAAGUUGUUCUUUGUUGUUAUAUACCUCCCUUGUUGCAAAUAUAAAGAGACUGUCAUCUACUAUAUAAAAAUAAGUCGGGUUUUCCUUCCU